CAGGCCUGUAAUCCCAGCACUCUGAAAGGCUGAGGCAGGUGGAUUGCCUGAGCUCAUGGGUUGGAGACCAGCCUGAUCCAGACUGAGACUUUGUCUCUAAAAAUAGCCUGGCAUUGUAGUGGGCACCUGUAGUCCCAGCCACUUGGGAAGCUGAAGCAAGAGAACCCCUUGAGCCCAAAUUGAAGUCUCUGUGCACUAUGAUGCCACAGGACUCUACCGAGGGUGACAAACUGAGACUCUGUCUCAAAAAAUAAAAUAAAAAAAUAAAGAUGAUUCCCUUCUUAAAGGGAAGCUCCUAUUUCUCAUCUCAUGGUUCCCUUUUUAAAACAAAGCACUUAUGGUUGCUCUGAAAGGCUGAAGGAGAGAUUGGACGUGCCUUCCAGUGGUAAUAGAGAUGGGGUGCUGCUCUUCCUCAGACCAAUCUCAACUCCCAAGCUCAAGCAAUACACUGACCUCCGCAUCCCAGAGUGCUAGAAAACUCCUCUCACCAGCUUCUUCUGGCCAACGAUAAGAGAUGAAUAUAUCCUCAAGAGCUCAUUGUAGUGGUUAAGUUUUCAAAUGGUAUGGAGGUUGCAAAAGAAUCUCUCAUGGUUUUUAAAAUCUCUACCAUCAGAGUGCUUGAGGCUGGAGGUUGUGGCGUCUGCAGGUUGGAAGUUUGAGUUUGGAGCUCCAGCCAGGAUGACCAAGGUUGUUUGCAACGACCCUCUGGGGAAGAAGGUCUGUGUUAAAUGCAACACCGAUGACACCACUGGGGAACUUAAGAAGCUGAUUGCAGCCCAAACUGUCACCCGUUGGAACAAGAUUGUACUUAAGCAGUGGUACAUGAUUUUUAAGGACCAAGUGUCUCUGGGGGACUAUGAAAUCCAUGAUGGGAUGAACUUGGAGCUUCAUUACCAAUAGAGCAGACUUCCUUUCCCCCACUCUACCGUUUCUGUCGU